GCGUGAGGAGUUAGAUUGGUCAGGGUAAACCAAUCAUAGGUAGAGUACGGCGGGAAAUGACAUCGCCAUCCUGGAAAGGAAAUAUCGCCGUCUGAUGGACUCUCCGGCUGCGUCUCACGCAUUGUAGCAGCUUAUGUUCCGUCUUGGAUAGAAGACAGUCUGGCAACACAAGGAGGUGCGAGAAACGUUUGCGUUCAUUUCCGGCACUAAGAGAACGUACCUGGGUUUAGCUACAAGCUUGUUGUGAGUCUGAGUAUAAUUUGCCAUCAUGGUAAACCAGGUUCAGCGAGGGGAUGGUAGUUGGCAGUCAAGCAAGAGUGACUCCAGCGGGGCCAGCAACAGCGGCGGGGAGAGCUCCAAGGACAGUUCCCGGUGUUCCACGCCGGUGCUCGAUGCAGACAGGUCGGACAGGCUGCGGGACAAGAUGCGGAAGAGGAUGGAGUCCGGUGACCGCUGGUUCUCCCUGGAAUUCUUUCCUCCCCGCACAGCCAGUGGAGCUGUCAACCUCAUCUCAAGAUUUGACCGUAUGGGCUCUGGAGGGCCCCUGUUCAUUGACAUUACUUGGCAUCCAGCAGGGGACCCAGGCUCAGAUAAGGAAACCUCCUCCAUGAUGAUUGCCAGCACAGCAGUCAACUAUUGUGGCCUGGAGAGCAUCCUCCACUUGACCUGUUGCAACCAGACCAAAGAGAAGAUUACUGGCUACCUGGCCAAAGCAAAGCACCUGGGCCUGAAGAACAUCAUGGCACUAAGGGGAGACCCAGUGGGAGCAGACUGGGAGGAAGAGGAGGGAGGCUUCAACUACGCCAUCGACCUUGUUAAACAUAUCCGGUCAGAGUUUGAUGACUACUUUGACAUCUGUGUUGCUGGGUACCCCACAGGCCACCCUGAGGCGGAGAGCUAUGAGGGCGAUUUGAGACACCUAAAGGAUAAGGUGGAUGCUGGAGCAGACUUUGUCAUCACCCAGCUGUUCUUCAGGGCAGACACUUUCCUCAAGUUUUUGGAUGAUUGCAGAGCAAUUGGUAUUACAUGUCCCAUCCUACCCGGAAUCUUCCCCAUUCAGGGUUACCAGUCUCUGCGUCAGCUUGUCAAGCUAUCAAAGCUUGAGGUGCCAGAGGAAAUCACCAAAGUGAUCGAGCCCAUCAAAGACAACGAUGCUGCUAUCCGUAACUACGGAAUCCAACAGGCGGUGGACAUGUGCCGUCUGCUGCUGGACAGUGGCAAGGUACCAGGCCUCCACUUCUACACACUGAAUCGAGAGGUUGCCACCAUGGAGGUGCUCAGACAGCUGGGCCUGUGGAUAGAAGAUCCUAGGCGGCCUCUUCCCUGGGCAGUGAGUGCCCAUCCCAAACGCAAGGUAGAAGAUGUUCGACCCAUCUUCUGGGCAUCUAGGCCCAAGAGCUACAUCUACAGAACCCAGGACUGGGAUGAGUUCCCCAACGGCAGAUGGGGAAACUCCUCGUCUCCAGCUUUUGGUGAGUUAAACGACUACUACUUGUUCUACUUGAAGAGCAAGUCCUCCAAAGAUGCACUGCUGCAGAUGUGGGGUGAGGAGCUAAUAAAUGAGGAGAGUGUCUAUGAGGUCUUCACCUGCUAUAUCACAGCCCAACCCAACAGCAGGGGACACAAGGUGAUGUGUUUGCCAUGGAACGAUGAGCCUCUGGCCCCAGAGACCAACCUGCUGAAAGAUGAGCUGGAAAAGGUGAACAGACGAGGAGUCCUCACCAUCAACUCCCAGCCCAACAUCAACGGCAAACCCUCCACAGACCCUAUAGUUGGCUGGGGACCUGCUGGAGGAUACGUCUUUCAGAAGGCCUAUCUGGAGUUCUUUACCUCCAGUGAGAAUGUGACCGCUCUCCUCAAAGUGCUGAAGAAGUAUGAGCCUCGUGUCAACUACCACAUUGUUGAUGUGCACGGCCGUAACUUGACUAACGCCCCUGACAUGCAGCCCAACGCUGUGACGUGGGGGAUAUUUCCUGGCAGGGAGAUUGUUCAACCUACUGUAGCAGACCCAGUCAGCUUUAUGUAUUGGAAGGAUGAGGCCUUUGCCUUGUGGAUCGAGCAGUGGGCCAAACUCUAUGAAGACGAAUCUCCUUCACGAAUGAUCAUCAAAUAUAUCCGUGACAACUACUUCCUGGUCAAUCUGGUGGACAAUGACUUUCCUCUGGAGAACUGUCUGUGGCAGGUUAUUGAUGAUAUGUUUGAGCUGCUCGAUGCAUCUCCUGAGCAACUCAACGAUGGAACUCUCUCUGAAUAAAAGUCAUUUCAAACGACUUUUUUAGGGAAAGAAAGAACACUAUCUGGCUGUUUUAUGCAUUGUCCAAAAAAGCUGCUAUUUGCAAUACAGAGCUUGAGUAAGAAGUGUACUUCACAGUAUUUGUAAAGACUUUUUUUAAGUGUUUAUUUUUUUUUUAUUUUUUUUUACAUUUGAGUGAAUGGAAAAUAUGGUUUAAAAUGAAACACCAUGUUUCUCCAAACAUUUUUGAAUGUUUUGACUUCCAUGAUGUACUCCUAAGUCAUGGAGGUUCAUCCUGAGUAGCACUCCCAGUUUAUAAAUUACACUUGUGCUCAAACAAGUUUCAGUCACAUUGUUUUUAAGAGUUUUCUUAUGGACAAAUGUCACUGAAAAAACAAAAAAAAUACAUUUACAAAAUGAAUUGAAUUUUAACAUGUUUUUUAGUAUUCUUUUUAAUUUCAUAAAAGAAAAUAAUUCAAAUGCUAUAUUUGAAUUUGAUUUUUACUGAUGUGUACUGUUACAGGAGAAACAUUUCCCAUGUCUGUCCCUGCUGCCUUAAUAUGUUUUGAAUGUAAUUCAAUUGUCACAUAUAAUGAUAGUGAAAUUAUUAUUAUAUGUGACAAUUGAUUAUUAUUGUUAUUAUAUUUUUUUGUUCUACCUGCUUUCUAAAUCUGAUUAAAUAUUUUUUUCUGGACUGUACAACAAAUAA